AUGUCUGUCGGCGGCCUGUCCUGCCAGAGACUAAUUUACGUCCUCAUCCCUAUCACAGAGAUUCAAAGGGCGGCCUUGCUGACCGAGCACCUCAACAUGUUGCUGCCGACCUUGAUCGCCACUGCGCUCGCCGCGCAGGCCUCGGCGCAGCUCAUCUGGAACGCGAGGAGUCAUGAUGCCCCUCAGCCCAAAGACGAGCUGGCCGUCGACGACCGUGCCAGCAGCAAGCACCAACAUACGCUUCAACAACCUACGGGCGGCGAUGACAACAUCCCCGUGCCGCCGUUCAAGACGGGCCAGUACACACUCAAGGCGCAGGAUAACAAGACGUGCCCGACGUACGGAGAGUCGCAAUGGACCGGCACCGUCGACGUCACCGACGCGCACCGCCUCUUCUUCUGGUUCUUCGAGAGCCGCAACGACCCGGCCAACGACCCCGUCAUCGUCUGGAUGAACGGCGGGCCCGGCGGGUCGUCCAUGUUUGGGCUCUUCAACGAGCUGGGCCCCUGCAUCUUCGACCUCGAUGCGACGGAGCCGAGCGCCAACCCGUGGGCGUGGAACCGCAACGCCUCGCUGCUCUUCCUCGACCAGCCGGCGGGCGUGGGCUUUGCGUCUCUGGCCGAGGGAGCGCCCAUGCCCGCGGCCGAUCUCGACGGCGCGCCGGGGUUCCAGACCUUCCUCAACAUCUUCUUUGGCGAGAUAUUCCGCGACAAGGCGCAUCUCCCGAUUCACAUCGCGACCGAGUCCUACGGGGGUCACUACGGUCCGGUAUACUUGAUGCACAUCCUCGAUUCGCGCGCGUGCGACUCCAAGUCGGCGUUCUGGGGCAACAUCACGUCGCUCAUCCUCGUCGACGCUCUGCUGGACUGGACGGGCAACGCCAUCGGCACGUACGAGCUCCUAUGCUCCGACUCUGGCAGCAGCAGCCCGGCCAUCCUCAACUCGACGGCGUGUGACAAGAUCCGCCAUGCGCUCCCCGAGGUCGAGCGACUGGGAUUAUCCUGCGAUCUGAGCCAAGACGGGCACGAGUGUGUCGCCCUGGACCAGCAGUACAUGGACGAGAUUGACAUCUUCUACCGCGAGCUCAUCAACACGGGACAGCGCAGCCCUUUCAACAUCCACCAGCCCUGCUCGAGCCUACCGCUCUGCUACCCAGGCAAGGGAAACUUCACGCGAUACCUCAACCAGGCGCACAUCAAGGCGGCGCUCGGCAUCCCCGCAUCGGUCGCCUACAGCGGCGUCAACCUCGCGCUCAACAACGCGUACGUCCGCGGGCGCGACCCGCUCAAGACGACGACGCGCGAGCUCGCGGCGGUGCUGGACGCGCACGAGAAGAAGCACGUCGGCGGCAGCGGCGGCGGCGGCAGCCUCGGAGACAUUCGCGUGCUGGUGCUCAACGGCAACGACGACUACAUCGUCAACACGCCGGGCCAGCGGUUCGUCUACGACCACCUGGUGCGCUGGGGCGGGCAGGCCGACUACCGCAUCGCGCGCUGGAGGGCGCUUCCAGAGGACGAGCUGGGCGGCGCGACGACGGGCUUCUGGAAGGGGACCGACGAUGGGCGGCUGGUGUUUGUGGGCGUGGACGGGGCGGGCCAUACAGUGCCGGGGGAUGUGAGGGAGGGGAGCUGGCGCAUUCUGCAGCGGUGGAUGGAGGGGGGGUGGCGGCGGCAGCACUAA